CCAGUAGGCACGCAACACCGUCAUCAGUCCUGUCUUACUUUCACUUUUGAUUCCUGUCCUUCCUGUGCGUAUUCUCACUUUAGGACACAUCGACAGGAAAGUACAGCGUUACUAGUACUCAACAGGGAGUGACCGUUUGACCCUAACUAUUGGCUAAUUUAAUAUAAGAACAGCUACUUUUUUUUUUACCGAGAUUCUCUUUCCAAACCGUGAGAUCAUGGCGGAUAUCUUCAAUAACCGCCCGUUUAAUGGCCAGGAGGACGGGGGUCUGCAGGACACCAGAGAGGACACCAGAGAGGACACCAGAGACACCGAGGAAGCCAGGAAAGAGUUGGAGACUUGGAAGACUAAAGCAGAGAAAGCCGAUGAUGUGAAGGCCAGAAUGAUCCUGGAAAAACUGGAGGAAGAUAAAGCCAAGUCAAAGGCCCAGCAGGAGCUGGUGGCUCACGGUAAAAAGCUGGAGGAGUGUCAGAAGGAAUCCACUGAACGCCUAAACGCAGUGCAGGCGGAAAUCCUGCGGCUUGCUGGGCGCAGACAGAAUUUGCUGGACAAACUGAAGGGAUAUCAAGCUUUGCUGGAAGCUAAGAGGGCCGAGUCUACAAAACUUAAGCGCAAAUUCAAGAUAUAUACCCAGGUUCCAGACACAGGGGUAGAGUUCAAGGCUCAGAUUAAAGAAGAGAUGGACGAGAACAGUCAGCCAAUCACAGGAGUGUUUACCAUCAGCCAGAGACCCACUGUGCCCCUGCAAGGAGGACAGGCACUUAUCACCUUUGAAGAAGAGAAGGUGGCCUGUCAGAUCCUGAAGAAUGCCAAGUGCUCUGUGUCCUGUGGGAACAUCAGUUUGGAUGUGAAACCAAAAAGAAUAACCAUGGAACCUACUGUUAAGUUUGAGGUCCACCUGGAGGUGUCCAGAAAAGAGCUCAAAGUUUCCGGCAUCCCCUGUGGCAUGACAGAGGAGCGAAUGAAGGAGCGACUGGAAAUGAGUUUCUCCAGGCCCAGCAGAGGAGGAGGAGAGGUGGACGAUGUGCAGUACGACAGGACCACCGGGGCAGGAGUCAUCACUUUCCUCCCCCCUGGAGUUGCUGAGAGCCUGGCACUGAGAGGGAAGUACCGUGUGGAUCUGGACUCUGAAGUGACUGUGCAGGUUGGACCCAUUUACAAAUACCAGCUGUGCAAGUUCGAGACCUUCUGUGGCUCUCCUAGGCGUACCAUCCUCCUGGAAGACAUUGAGGACAAGGGGGAUGCGGAGGACCUGCUGGACCACUUGGAGAUUCACUUCCAGAAGCCCAGCAACUACGGCGGUGAGAUAAAGAGCAUCGAGUACACUCCCAGAGGGAAAGCUCUUCAGGCCUUUUUCUCUGAGGACUCAGCUACUGCAGCUGCAACAUGAGCUCCUCCUCACCAAGUGUGUCUGUCACCUGUGAUUCAUUUAAUUACAAAAUUGUAAUCUGUAAUACAAGAAUAUGAUAUGGAAAAUUCAAAUUUCAUUUAUUUGCUGAGAAUUGCUGCUGAGAAUUCGAAAAGGAGGUUUAAUUUUAUGGGCAAGGCACUCUACAGUUAUCUGGAUGGUUUUCCUGACAUGUAUAGGCAAAGGAUUUUGUCAACAGCUAACCUCACAAUCACUGGGAUCACAAAUUUCACUGAGAAAAUGGUGUUGGGUUUGAUGGAGACAGUCUCUUUGAUUCCCUUUUCUUCAGAUAUAGAUAUAGCAGUGGUGGUCUGGGUAAUAUUAGGCUCACUGACCUUCCUGUCCUCACUAGUCAGUCUGUCUUUGUCUUCAUUAAAUUGUCUAAAUGCCAAAUCAACCCCAGAUGUAGUUUUUUCUUCACUGACAUCCAUCCAUGGAUGGCAACUAGUCCAACGUUUCCUAAAAAAAUCAAUAAAAAACAAAAACGUUUUGGUCCACCUGUUUACUGAUGUUUGUCAUGUCUAAUGAAGAGAGGGAGGUGUGGCAGGCAGUUUUACUGUUCUACAAAUUCGACAAAUUCACUAGUUUUGUUUAAUAUACAAUUAUUGAAAUGAAAGGUUAAGCUACAUGACAGUCUGGUGAGGUAUGUUGUGGUAAAUUAUUAGUGUAAUGCUGCUUAUCCUUCAACUGUAAAAGACAAUCGUCAAAAAAAGAGAUGGCACCAAGGAGGAUGCACCUGUGAAGUUCCUUUAUUUUAUUCAGAUCAGUUUUGAGUUAGAAUAUUUUUUGAUUAUUUAACAUAUUAUUUGGUUAUAACAAUAUAGAUUUGUCUGUUUUUCCCUGAUAUUCAUUUAUUCAAUUUGAUGAUUUGGUUUGUUAACAAAAAUACAUAUACAAGCUAAAAAAUAUUAAGUGUUUAUUUAUUAUUUUAAAUUUCAUGAAUAGUUUUGGCAGUGGGUGCCCUUUUUUUGUGUUAGCACCUGCCCCCCAACAUCUGUGCAUGUGCCUGGUUCACAGCAACAUAGCAGUGAGGCCAUGUCAUCAGGACUUGUUUAAACUGAAUUCUACUUCCGUUGGUAUUUCUGCAUUUAGUUUGAAGUUUUUCUCUACUUUUCUCUGUCUUGCAUGGAGAAAUGUCCUCUAUUAUCACUGUUUUAAAACAUUGUGAGAUAAUCCUAAUUAAGAUAGAAGAUCGUACUUUUGAGACAAAAAAUAAUAUUUAUGGGAGUCAAAGUUAUGAGAUCUAAAAUAUAAAGAUGAAGUCAUUAUGAGAUAAAAUACUGUUUGUGACACAGAAAGUUCAAACUAUGAAAUAGAACGGCUACUUAGAACACUAAGAUAGAAUGCUACUUAUGAGAUCAAAAUGGUGAGAUUAAAAGUCAUAACUAUAAAAUCAAAAUUAAAUAAGUAAAAAUUGUGAGAUAGAAAAUUGAAGUAAUGCAAUUAAUAAUGAAUAAAUAAAUGAUUCAGAAUAAUGAGAUAGAGUUAUCUUAAUUAUGAGAUGAACUGUUAUAAUGUGACAUACCAGACGCCAUUGCUGCUGACCUCCAACCCAUCACAUCGCCUCCACAAAUUGCGUAGCGCUUGCAGUCUCGUGGGGAGGAGAGGAGGGAGCUGCUGUGAUUGGUUGAAAAUGAGGGUGACAUCUGAUUGGCUACAGAUAGGUCCAUAUUGAAAAAAAAGUAAAUUUGUGGAUCUAGUCCGAAAAACAAGUCUCAAAGCCACACGCAAAUGUGAAGCCAUCCGCAAACUAAUUAAUCGUAAUUUAUUCAUGUGUUUAUAGGAAUGUAUUUGUAAACCCUUGUGUGAAUUUGUUAAUCUAAUAUAUUUGUGAAAUGUUCCGUGCGCAUUUGAGAAUUUCGUGUUUGCAUUUGUGAGUCAUUCUGUGUCCAUUUGCAAUUAUUGACACUGAUCUGACCCCAUACUGAACUGACUGACUUUGACAUCCUAACUUCCUACUGGUCACUCCCCUGCAGAUCCCUUCACACGCCACAUGUACAUACACAUGAUCACUUUCACAUACAUUCACAAUACAGUUGUGUUGAGAAUGGUCAUCUGAUGUACAUUACAUUUUUUACAUUUCCUGCACUGUGCUUAUUUGUCUUAUGUUUAAUUUUAUGCACCACCUUUAUUGUAUUUUAAGGAAUCCGGUGAACAAGGAGAAUAGAGUGAAAAAGACAAAUAUUUUCAGAAGAGAAUUGACGAUAGUGGUACAGAUAGUAAGAGAAUGUGGAAUGUACUCAAUGAAAUCAUGGGGAAAAAAUCUACUUGCACUUCUUUUGUUGAAUUGAAUGGAGUUUAUUUGAAAUAAGAAAGCACAAAAAACUCCCGGAAAGAUGCUUAAUUAGUGAUGUACAUUAAUAAAACAUGGAUGAUUGUGGAAGGAGAGAGUGAGAGUGAGAGAGGGGCUCGGUGUGUCCUAAGAAGUCCCCCGGCAGUCUAAGCCUAGAGCAGCUUAACUAAGGGCUGGUCUGGGCUAACCUGAGCCAGCCCUAACUAUAAGCAAUAUCAAAGAGGAACGUUUUAAGCUUUAUCUUAAAUGAACUCCUGAUAAUGAUUAUUUUGUUAAUAAGGUUUCUAACUUUAGAGAGACAAAGAAAUGCACUGUUGGUUCCAACUCAAAUGAACUAAUUGAAAGGUGUAUUAUGAAAGAUAAAAUGUGUAGUUUUGAAUUUAAUCAGGUUAAUGUUGUACAGGUGUAAAUGUUGUUGAGAUCUUUAAUUGUUGGUGGUUCUGUUGGUACAGACAACUUGGAUAGUCGGCUGUUGAAGUUAUCAGCUGGACAUAUUUCUAAACCAAUCUGUCACGUUUUUGACAGAUGUCCGAUUAUUGGUGUGUGUCCAAAACGUUGGAAGGAGAGCAAGAUAAUCCCUUUACCCAAAGAUACAAAAACAACUUUCUGUGGCCCAAAUAGUAGACCUAUUAGCAUUCUGCCUAUUCUAAGUAAAUUACUGGAAAAGAUUGUAUUUGAGCAAGUACAAGAUUACUUUUCUAACAACAAUUUGACUACGAUGUUUCAGCAUGCUUAUAGGAAUGGUCAUUCCACCUGCACUGCAAUGACGCAAAUGUCGGAUAGCUGGCUAACAGCAAUUGAUAACUCAAUGCUAGUGGGUACAUUAUUACUAGACUUCAGUGCUGCCUUCGAUGUGAUUGACCAUGACAUUUUGAUUUCCAAACUCAUUAGUUAUGGUUUUACUUCAUCAGCAAUCAGGUGGUUUAAGAGCUAAUUGUCAAAGAGUUUAAUGGUGCAUUAUCUUGUAGCAAGUCCCUGGAUUGUGGUGUUCCUCAAGGAAGUUGCCUCGGACCUUUGUUAUUUUUACGAAUGAUAUGCCGUAUAUACUCAGUAAGGCUACAUUGACUAUGUUUGCUGAUGAUUCUACUCUUUAUUAUGCAGCCCCCACAUGUUCAAAGCUUAAUCAGGUUCUGUCUUGUGAGAUGAGCAAAUUGUAUAACUGGAUCAAAACAAAUUGUUCUAAAUAUUUCAAAAACUAUGAGUAUAAUAUUUGGUUCUAAGCAUAGACUAUCUGAUAAUCAGAAAAUUAAUAUACAGGUAAAUGGUCAAAAUGUACAGCAAGUAAAAAAGGUGAAGCUUCUUGGACUUUGGCUGGAUUCCACAUUGUCAUGGUCUGAUCACAUCAACAAAGUGGUUGCUAAAAUGGGUAGAGCUGUUGCAGUAAUGCGUAAAUGUGCACAAUUUCUAAAUUCACAGUUGUUUAGUCGUGUUGUUUGUACAUUGGCUUUGUGUCAUCUGGAUCACUGUUCUGUUGUAUGGUCUGCUGCAGCAACCAGUCAUUUAAAAAAUUACAAGUGGCUCAAAAUAAGGCUGAAAGACUGGUUCUUGGUUGUUCUUUGUGAACUAGUGUUGCAGAGAUUCAUGACCGUCUUGCUUGGCUGGUGGUCAAGCAUAGACUAUCUGCUAAUAUGUUAGUAUAUUUUCAUAGAAUUAUUGUAAUGGCAAAAAUAUAUGUAACUCUUCUAAAAUGAUUCAUUUGUAUAACCCGUUUAUUAAUUGCAAGUGCUGAGAUGGAAAGGCCAUGGUAUGAGAGCUGAAGUGUUCUGCACUGAUAAAUGUCCUCAGCGUCCUAGCUCUAUAGACUAAACAAAGUAGGUCGUAUGUGUGUAACCAGAUUUGUUUUCAAGUGUUAGGAGGGCGAGUCCAUGGUCAAAGAACUGAUGUGUCUUACAUGAACUAGCUGUCCUGAGUAUCCUGGCUGUAGAGACUCAACAAGGUGGUCAAGGUUUCUGUUGACGCCACCGAUAACUGAACUUGUGUAUAACAACUGCCUCGUCCUGUUAGGGGGCAAGAAAUUGGUUCAUGACAGUCUGCAGAGCAUGUAGCUGUUGUGACCUUUCUUCCCUUGCAAGGAAAUAAACGGAGAAAGACAUAUUUGACUCGGACCCUUUGUUUCUUACUUUACGAUUGUCUGUGCAAAAUCUUCCACCACAUUAUUAACACCCGGAUUCCUAAAUUUCUUUAUGACAAUAUAAUUUACUAUUCAGAGAUACAUUCACAUUACACAAGAGGGGUGAAUAGUCAUCAGAUUUCUUUACCCCUACCUAAAUCCGACUCUAUGAAGAAGACCGUGUUUUAUAGGUCAAUUGUGCUUUGGGACAAUCUUCCAGUUGGGGUUCGUGAAAUCAAGGGAAGAACUGGUUUUAAAAAAAGAUUAAGACUGUAUUUGUUUUCAACAUCAUAAUAUCGUCUGGAAUCUUUGUGCCGGGUGUUUUGCAUUAUUUUCAUUACUUUAAUCAGUACUUUCAGAAUUGUUACUUUUUCUUGCCUUUUGUGUGUAUUUAUAUAUGAUAUAUUUGAGUGAUUGUGAUUACUGUUCUUUUAUGUAUUUUUUUUGGACCCCAGGAAGACUAGCUGUCGUUUCGGCGUCAGCUAAAUGGGAAUCCUUUUAAAUAAACAAAUAAACCUGCCAUGUCAAAUUCCUUAUA